AUGAAACAAGAAACUUUAUUAUGUACUAUUGAUGUUGCUGAUCUUUAUACAAUGAUUCCACAAGUCGAAGCAGUUAUUCGACUUGCAAGAUUCGUAAUGCAAAAUAAUUAUUUUAAAUAUGAUGGUCAAUUUUAUCAUCCGAUAAAAGGAGAAGCAAUGGGUUCCAGUUUACCAUUGAUUAUUGCCAACUGUUAUAUGUAUUUCUUUGAACAAAAUAUUAUUAAACAAAUAAAUAACAGUUUUGGCAUUUAUGUUCGUUAUAUUGAUGAUAUUUUUAUGGCUAUCAAUUGGCCUAAUCGUCAUUUAAUUAAACAAGUGGAGCGAUGA